UACGACAAGGAAAGAUCUCAGCCUUCCGCCUUCUUUCCAAGAUGCCUUGAAGUUGAUGGUGCCCAUGACCCCGACGCGGAAGCAGUUGCUUUUAUAGGCACAUUUGGGUCAGCCACAUGUGAUGGAUUGUCCGCGACGAAUCAUACUGUCAAUUCCGAGGGCCGAGCUGUACCUAAGCCUGUCCUUCACACUUGCUCUUUGUCCGAGAUGCAUGCCCCAACGUCCAAAUUGAAUCUGGCUAUUUCUUCUCCAGCUGCGGCCUCGCCGUUGACACCAAUGUUUGACGAGGUCGAGGGGCAACAAAAAGGCAACUAUGUUCAUAUCCAGUCACAAGAGGCCAGCGGUCAACAUUUUAUUGCCGAAGCAAGCUUAACUGAAGGAGGGACUCACUUCUUGCGUGCUGGGGAUAAUGCUCAAUCUGUUGCUUCGGAAGAAAAAGCGCUUGCCAAUGCCUCUUAUCUUUCGCAUUCUCAGGCUUCGCGAGUUGGCGAAUCGACUAAUUCUCAAACCUCGGUCGUACCUGCAUCAACUGCGUCAGAUCAUUUUCAAUCCAACGACUUCAAUCCGCUCAUAGAUUUUCAGGGUCCCUGUUCAAUUGUGAUGCAAAAUCUCACCGGUGGCAAUGGUUGGUAUGGAACUGCGCCUUGUUUACAUGAAAUGCUGAACGACGAUUUGAAUUCAGAGGCGUCUCCAUUCAGCUUUGACUGGGAGAAGGAAAAUCCUAUGGAGUAA